AUGAAUGCCGCGGUCCCACCCAUACUUUCUGUACUCGGAACGAUGGCUGGUCAAUACAUCGCUUCGCAGGGCCAAGCAGCUCAAACUAAACAGCCCGUACCCGCUAAUGUGACUACCCAACAGUUCACCGGGACGGCGACUCCAGCAAUCUGUGACAUUUGCAAAGUCCGUCCGAAGUAUUUUGACGGAAAGAGAACCCACUCGUACUGCGGGAAGACUUGUGCAACUGCAGCACAAAACAAGCACGUCCCCAAUAGCAAACCUAAGCGAAACAAGACUAGUAAAGCCACUCGCGGAUUAUGUGACCACUGUCAUAAGCAACCCAAGUACAACGAUGGCACAACGACCCAUUCGUACUGUGGCAAAACUUGCGCACAAAAAGCGAAGACUGCAGGAACGCCUGCUGCGCAGCCUAUACAACUAGCCAAUCCAGCGAAAAAUGGUUGCUUGUUGUGCGGAAAAGCUGUGAAGAGCAAGGGUCACUUCUGCAGUCAGGCGUGCACAUCAAAAGCUGAGAAGAGUGCUCCAGGGCUCAUAGAAGUCCCACAAGGGCACGACACAUUUAAGAGUGUCGCUGCCCAAUUCAAGACGUCGUGGAGACAUCAGACUCCAUGCCCGACAGUCCGGAAGGUGCACAAAGUGAUCGCGUCGCCAGCCUCCAUUGCUAAAUACGAUGCAUAUCGUGCUGCCGUCGAGGGUCGCGGCAACUUUGUCGCAGCUGGGCGUUCAGCAGGGAACGAAAAUCGUCGCUGGCACGGUACGACCAGGGAAUGCAAUCUAGGCGAUAAUGGCAACUGCACGCUGUGCUCAUCUCAAACAUGUUCCUUGUGCUGCAUUCUCAGAACGUCGUACAACCUGAAUCUCUUUGGCAAGAAGACUGGCUGGGGCCGGUUCGGCCAGGGCAUCUACACGUCUUCGACGUCAUCGAAAUCAAAUGACUACUCCACGAACAUUAACUCGUCGCUAAGGUUGAAGGCGAUGUUGCUAAACAAAGUGGUUGUUGGCAAAGGUUAUAAGAUGACGCAAGACAACACAUCGUUAACUGCGCCUCCGACUGGUUAUGACUCUGUCCUCGCGGAGGUGGUGAAUGGAGGAUCGCUAAAUUAUGAUGAGCUAGUGUGUUACACGAAUGAUGCCAUCCGCCCGUCCUAUUUGGUCAUGUACGAUGCAUGA